AUGACUGUGGUCAACCUGACAAACCAUUUCGCUUCCGCUGAGGAUCGAACUCGGCAAUCCGGCCUGGAGAAGGCAUUGACAAGCAUGGACAAAGCGGCGCGGGGACGCGUUCGCGCGGACGAGAACCCAUCCCACACGUCUACUCUUCAAGCUAAUAAAGCGACAAAUUUCUGGGGUUUCAAGUCCGCUGUCCCAACUGGGUCUUUGAAGGGCGGGGACAUGGCGAGAGGCUCUAUGUACGAUUCCGAAUCAACUGGCUUCUCUCUCUGGUCGGCUCCUUACGAUAUCACAGUAGAGAGCUGGGUGUGCCACAUCCGCCAUCUCACGCCAGACCUCAACAUGACUCAACCCCUGGAAGGAUUGGUCACGAAACGUAAUCCCUCUCCACCCGUUGCGGGCGCUAAUCUCGAAAACAAUUGCGAGCCUGUCAUCGAACUUGCCGCGGGGACUCUUUGCUGUUAUCGCAACUCGGCCUAG